AUGGCACGUUUAGCUGGUAAAGUAGCAUGUGUCACUGCGUCCACCGACGGAAUCGGUUUUGCUAUUGCCCACCGAUUAGCUCGUGAAGGUGCACGCGUCGUUAUUUCCAGUCGCAAAGCAAAUAAUGUUCAAACGGCAGUUGACAAAUUGAAAAAUGAAAAACUCGAUAUCCAUGGCACUGUUUGUCAUGUAAGCAAAAGUGAUGAUCGAACACGUUUAUUAAAUGAAACCAUGGAAAAAUAUGGUAAAUUAGAUAUAUUAGUAUCUAAUGCUGCAAUAAGUCCAGUAUUUGGAAAUAUUCUAGAAACACAAGAAUCCGAAUGGGAUAAAAUAUUUGAUGUUAACGUUAAAGCUGCUUUUUUUCUAAUUAAAGAAGCAAUACCAUAUCUUGAAAAACAAAAAAAUAGUUCGAUUAUUAUUGUGUCUAGUAUAGCUGGUUACAGUCCAUUUGAACUCAUUGGUGCUUAUUCCGUAUCUAAAACUGCAUUACUUGGCUUAACAAAAGCGCUUGUUAACCCAUGCACAGAAAAAGGUAUUCGCAUUAAUGCUAUUGCUCCAGGAGUUAUCAAAACAAAAUUCAGUCAAGCAUUAUGGAACAAUGAUGAAGCUAAAACAUCUGAAGUGAUACCGUUCCAUGGAUGUGCAAUGGGUCGAGUUGGUACACCUGAUGAAUGUGCUAGUACAGUGGCAUUUCUUGCUAGUAACGAUGCAUCAUAUAUUACUGGCGAAACAAUUGUCGUUGGUGGUGGCAUGUCAAGUCAUCUUUAA